GAGAGGUCGACUCAGAGGAUUUAGGAGCGGAGCUGCAAGGAAACAAGCAGACCCAGCGUGUUCUCAGCUGGAGGAUAAUCACAGAGUCUGCAUCUGCUUGCUGCUGGGCCUGAAGAUACACGCUUUGCACAUUUAUUUUUUGCAUACAAUAAACAGUGAGUGCAAGCAAGUCUUUGCUUGGACCCAGGGCUGUGGGUUAAUCAUGGGAGACCAGAGAUCAGUCAAGCCCGUUCUGCUCCUGCUGCUGCUCCUCAUGUUUUUGAACAGAUUAUCGCCGCUGUGGGCCUUCCCCUUCAGCCCGUCCCUGGACCUGGACGUCACUCCGAGAACUACUGUCUUCUCUAAAGGUCUGUUGGGCAGUACGCGAUUCACCGGCUCUUCCCGAAACUACAGCACCCUGCUGCUGGAGGAGGAGGCUGGGCUGCUGUACGUGGGAGGCAGAGGAGCACUCUAUGCUCUCAACACCUCCAACAUCUCCACACCUGCAAACCUCACAAUUGAUUGGGAUGCGUCUCCUGAACAGAGGAAGCAGUGCCUGAACAAAGGCAGAGACAAUCAGACAGAGUGUUACAACCACAUCCGCUUUCUGCAGCGAUACAAUGAGACUCACCUGUACGUGUGCGGAACAAACGCCUUCAGACCUCUCUGUGCUUAUAUAGAUGCAGAGCGGUUCAGCUUCUCCUCAGGGUUUGAGGAGGGCAGAGACAGGUGUCCAUAUGACCCAGUAAAAGGAUACACUGGCCUCAUUGUUGAUGGUGAGAUGUUCACGGCCUCUCAGUACGAGUUUCGCAGCUCUCCAGAUAUCCGCAGAAAUUUUCCCUUCCCCACACUCAGGACAGAGGAGGCGCCCACCCGGUGGCUUCUGGAGGCAGAUUUCGUGGGCUCUGCACUGCUGAAGGAGAGCAUCAACAGCUCUAUUGGGGAUGACGACAAGAUUUACUUCUUCUUCACUGAGAGAAGCCAGGAGCAGAUUGCCUACCCCAGCCAGACCAAGGUGUCCAGGGUCGCCAGAGUCUGCAAGACUGACUGGGGAGGCCAGAGGACCUUGCAGAGGAAGUGGACCUCGUUCCUCAAGGCCAGAAUGGUGUGUUCGGUCCCAGAGUACGAGCUGCACCUCAAUAUCCUGCGCGACGUGUUUGUCCUGCAGGAGCGAGACGCGCGCAGCAGCAUUUUUUAUGGUGUCUUUGGUCUGGAAUGGAAGAAUAUCAAAGCAUCUGCUGUCUGCCAGUAUGCCUUCUCAGAUGUACAGAAAGUUUUUGAAGGGCCCUACAUGGAGGUGCAGGACUCAAAAUGGAGGGAGUACACAGGAAAAGUCCCAGAGCCAAGACCUGGAUCUUGUAUAACAGAUCUGCACAGAUCCCAGAACAUCAACUCAUCUCGAGACCUCCCAGACAACGUCCUCACUUUUGCCAGAAGGCACCCGCUGAUGGCCAAACAGGUGCACCCAAUAGGUGUGCGCCCGCUCAUGUUCAAAAGAAGUGUCAACUAUGUCAAGAUAGCAGUGCACAAGGAGCCGGCACUCGACGGAAGCAUUUACACUGUUCUGUUUUUGGGAACUGAUGAUGGCUGGCUGCACAGAGCUGUGGACAUUGAUGGAGAAAUGCAUAUCAUAGAAGAGCUGCAGAUGUUUGAUGAACCACAGCCCAUAGACAGCAUGGUCAUAUCCUCAGCUCUGAGGAGCAUCUAUGUCGGGUCCCACUCUGGAGUCGUGCAGGUACCGAUGUCGGUCUGCAAGAGGUACACUUCCUGCUACGACUGUGUUUUCGCCAGAGACCCCUUCUGCGGCUGGGACGGGCGAGUGUGUGUGGAAAUAUCUUCACGUGCACAGAAGUCAAACCUAACCCAGGAUAUCUUGAGAGGGGUCAGGGGGUGCAAGGAGAAUUCAGGAAAUGUGGUCCAUCGGAGGCGUUCUGUGAUGUCAGGUGAUGACGUGCUACUUCAGUGUGAAUUACGCUCCAACCUGGCAACUCCACGCUGGACGCUAAACGGCAAGGAGCUCCAGGGAUACGACCUCAACUCGGGCUAUCGGAUCGGCACAGAUGGGCUCCUGAUAAUCGGGGCUCGCACCAAGCAGAGCGGCAUUUACCGCUGCUUUGCUCUCGAGAACUCAGUCUCAGUCCUGGUUUAUCUUUACACGGUGAGGGUUCACACAGAUCCCUACUUCCCUGUGGAGCCCACAGCCACAACUAACCCCACUACAAUUUCCAGCCCGACUGUUUUUUCCACCGGCAGCCCCACUGAGCAACCCUUGCCCUCACCUCCCGCCCCGCUUCCUUCAAGACCUGAGUUUCAGACUUACAGGCACAUGGAGGCCGUGUACAUCUCUCUGGUGGCGGUUCUCGGAGGGCUUUGCUUAGUGCUGACUGUGGUCCUUCUUUAUGUAAGCUUCUGCACCAGGCGGGCCUCUCAGGACCGGAAGUUCUCCCAGCAAGGUCUGCAAGUCUUAGGAGCCUCUGAGAGAAAGCGGAGCUCCCAUUUUGAACUUAAAACCAUCUCCAGCCACUGCAAUGGCCGUCAGGGUCGUCGGUCCAUCUCAGUGCCGACCUUCGGGGACAUGGGCGAUGGCUUCCUCCAGAUAGUCCCAGGUGAAGGCCAGAUGUCUCCAGCUAAAACACCUCCCCCAGCACCUCCUCUUCCUAUGCCACCCCCACUUCCCAACAUGGACUACGCCAACGGGCUCUCGGCCACUCUGCCCAGUGUGCUGAGGAAGAUGAACGGAAACAGCUACGUGCUGCUGAGGCAGGCCGACCCUGAAGGCAUGUCACCACUCUACCACUCGUUCACAGAGGAGCUCAACAGGAUCCUGGAGAAGAGGAAACACACACAGCUGGACUUGCAACCUGAUGAGAGCUCCAUCUAGGACACCCAUUUAUGCUUCAUCCCACUGUUAUUUAUUUUUACCCCAACGGUGACCCCGUAGUUGUGGGGAGAACUGACUGUUUUAUGAAGUGCUGCUCUUAUUUGCCCAGAGUACCUGCAGGUCACGUCCAUACUUGAUCAGAAAUAUGCAGCUGGUGUGUCGCCCACGACAAACGGCCCAGGAUUUCACUAACCAGAGACUGCCAAAUGAAACGUGGAGCUGUGUAAAAUUUGGCCAAAGAGAGCACUGAUGCAUUGCAAGUUACUAUGAGUAAAGACCUUAAUGAUGCUACCUAAAGUGCAGACCUUCUAAACGACGGUGGUCAGAUGACCAAAAAAAGGCAAUGCUGCAAUAUAGGACAUGGAUGCAAAAAAUAAAUUGGGCCAGGAGGUGGUCAAGCAUUUGAGAGACUGUGGAGAGGUUCAAGACGUUUUAGUGCCAUGUAAUAUUAGGCCCGUUGAGCUUAAAGUGAUACUUCAUCUAAAGCAAGGCUAAGCAUUAGGCUAGUUUGUGUAAAUUGUGUAAAAACAUGACCUACGUAGAGCAACACCUAAUGGGUCCACAACCUGCCAACCCAGCCAUACCUGCGUGGACCGGCAUCAUCACGAGCUCUGGAAUGAACCCUUCUGUGAGGAUGAGGAUGAGGAUGAGGAUGAGAGGAUGAUGGUAAAAGAAGCUUUUUUCAGGUGGCUUUUUUUUUCUUUUUAGAAAUCCUGAGAAAAAAGUUUUGAUAGGGAAGAUUACAAAACAGCAAGUCAAACAAUUCAUGCUUUUAGGAUGACCAUUAUGGCUUAAUUACGGAAGCAUCCGUGGCUCCUCCCAUCCUUUUCUAUAAAAUGUACUAACUUACCAAACUAGAGGACUAACAAAAGACUUGUGAGGAGGGAGUGUAAAGUUUUGCAACUGCCCAGAAAAGUAAAAAAAUACUACAAGAGAUUUAAAUUUGCAGACUCGCUCCUUCGGGAUGAUCUCGUUGCAGCACUUCCAGCACAGCUGUUACUUUUAGGUUGCUGCCUGGAAGCGCCCCAGAUGUGCACAACAAGAUGACCUUGAAGGAGAGAUUGGCCAAAUUAAAUCAGGUAUGAUUUUAGAUUUAUAGUGACUGAGAUGAGGAGUAUGAACAAACCUCAUCUUUUUAAACUAGCUUGAAAGAAAGGAAGCAGAGUAUUAAUCCAUAUUUUCACAAGAUGAAUACUGAGCAUAUAGAGGAAUGAGUGGAACCAAGGUUAUGCUGCAGGAAUGGUGUUCGAGUGUUUCGCACCACUUUUCUACGAUGCAUAUGAAUUGCAGAGCUGUAACUAAUGAUUAUUUUCCUUUGUUUUCACUGCAAGUAAAAAAUAACCAUCAUGAUUUCUCAUUUUAGGAUCUGAAUGUUUGACUUUUUUGCUUGUUAUGUUCUCUGUUAAGCAGUCAACUACAAUCAUUGUAACAACUAAAUGUUGGAGUAUCACUUUAAGAAUCCAGCUUUAAUGCAGCACAUGAGAGCACAGAAGACAAAUCAUACAUUUCACUGUAUUUAUUUAAACCACUUUUCCCUUCAUUUUUCUCAUGUAAAUAGCAAUAAAUAUAUGCCACUGUUGCAACUGUUAGUAGCAAUGUGCUGUGCCAGUGCCAAUGGAAAAACCUAUAGCAGCCUUGGGACUAUUUUCUUCCCUAAAGUCUUUCUAUUUUUAGCCUUUCUGUGGGAAAAGAGAUAAAACUUUAUAAAGUAAACGUGUAGUCUGGUCAGCGUGGGGUCAGAUUGAUCACAGACUGCUUCAGGACUCCGGGCGUCAAACGGGAGCCACAAACUGAUGAAAUCCUGUAAAGACAAUUCUCAGAUUUGAGGUUUCAUAUUUAUACACCUGAGCAUACUGUUUGUCUCAUCUGGAGGCCUGUUGUUUGAAUAACAUUGGAAGUUUUAUUUUCUCUCAAGACAUUAGGCCACAGUUUCAUGUGAGCCGUUACAAACACAGGUAAAAAAACCACUGGAUUUCUUCAGCAAAGAUUAAAAAAAAAAGAAGGUCUAAUCAUUUUUGCUCUUAAAUCAACGCUGAGAGCCGGGCGCACAUUUGUCCUCUGCUGUGCUAAAGCUGCUUGUGGCAAGCUGCCAAAUCCAAGUGGAGGAAACCUUCACACAUGCAGCCCACAAAAGCAUCCUCAGUGUUUACCUGACAUCAGUGCAAUGCCAAAACAACAAGAACAGCUCAUACUGCAUUUCCUCACAAAGGUGAACAGUGCUAUGAUUAAAUGCUACGUGUACAACUUACGGCGAAGUGACUGAAAUGAAUCUCUGAGCACUUUGUAAACGUGUGACAGCCGGUGGUAAAUAAAGACCCGUCUUUGCUGCAAAGUGUUGAAUCAGCUCUCCCAGCUUCAGCAGAGGCAGUGGCCCUCUCUGGUGGCUUCGCACUGUUUAUCUGUCAGACAGCAAGAGCAGUGUUUGGCUCACCUCCGCGACGAGAGGACAGCAGCUUCUUGUCUGUUUGCAUGGCUCGCUGUCAUCUCUGCAGGUAGAUCCAGCCACAAAACAUUUGACCUGCGUGUCCUGGUUAGCCAUGCAGGAAACAGAUGGCAAUACAAGCAGACAGG